CUCUCUUCUUCUUUUUUUUAACCCUAAUUCUGGAAUUUGGAUUGCUUCAAUGACUAAAAAUGUUGGCCAAAUCAACCUGUUUCACAGAUCAAAUAAGAAAUUCCAUGGAAGCCCAUGGUCAAACCCAUAAUCAUAUAACUCUCAUCAUUCACUUAAGCCCAGACACACUUUGGCCCAUACACAGUCUCGAAUUCGAACACACGCGUCUUUAACUCAUGGCUACCCCCAUAUCCCAAAUCCUAAAUCAGAAGUCCUAAUUUGCUUUUGAUCUUGUGAAAACCUGCAUCUUCUUCUACCAUUUACUCGAUGAGGAGUUGUCGAAUCAAAGAAAUUUUAUCGAGUUAUCUCCCUAUUGAGUUAAUCAUCAACAUUCUCUACCGAUUACCAGUGAAGAGUCUUAUACGCUUCAAAAGCGUGUCGAAGCCAUGGAAAUCUCUUGUGGAGGACCCAGAUUUUGUCAAGUCUUAUAUGGAUCAACAACAAGUCAAAACCAAGAGAUUGAUUACGAAAUGCGAUACAAGUAGUUUCCUAUCAACGGAUUUGGAUUCGCUGGACAAAUUGAGUAUCGUCAACAUGCCUAAGCUUCAAAGGUCUUAUCGACAUAUCGAACUGAUUGGUUCAUCCAACGGAUUGGUAACUCUUUGUUGUACUUUCAGUAAUUUGAAUGAUCCAUUAGUAUUUGAUUUUAUUAUCUGGAACAUGGCAACUAGAAAACAUCUAAUCAUACCCCUUGAAUUGCCCCAUCCUCCUAAGUGUACUCUUUUGGUACAAGGCUUUGGAUACAAUAGUGUUUGUGAUGAUUAUAAGGUUGUCAGAGCAUUUAAAUCUGGUGGUGGUGGUGGUGAUGGUGAUGAUUUGAUAACGAUGGUUUAUAGCCUGAAAAAACAUGAAUGGGUGUGGAGUACUAUAAAUUCCCCUGACUAUCAUUUCGAGGAUCUAUUAGUAGGAUCACUAGUUAGUAAUGGAGCCCUCCAUUGGCUUGCAUUCGAAGGUUAUGCAUGGGAUCCCAUUAUUGUUGCUUUUGAUCUCAACACUGAAGAAUAUCAUAAGGUAUCCCUACCAGUGAAUGUGAUCGCCGACGAGCUUGAAUCACUUAGGCUGGCUGUCUUGGGAGAUUCCCUUUGUAUAUUGGUUGAUGUGGGGGAUGUUGAUAUAUGGGUGAUAAAGGAUUAUAUGGUAAAAGAGUCGUGGACCAAAGUCUACUCGCUAAGACUCAAAAUUUUCCCUAUGCCUUUAGCUUUUUCAAUAAGUGGUGAUGGCACCACCCUCUUGCUGUUGAAAUACAAAGAAUUUGCACACAGAGCUUACUGGUACAAUCCAUCAGAAAGUACAAUUUACUUGUGCAAACCAUCAUUGGAGGAAGAAGUCCAGAUAUUUGUGGCUCCUAGUUCAAGGUUUGUUACUGCUAUGAUUUAUGAAGAGAGUCUAACGCCAAUUGUGGGAUCAAAAGGAACAAGAGGUAAGCCUACAUUAAAACAAAGAGAGAAAUGAGCGAUGGCUGCAUUUAGAUCUUGCAGUCAUAUUUUUCCUUUGUUUGUUUUACCUUUUUAGAUGAUAAAUAAGUUUGGCAUUUCGUUUGCUUGUAAAAACUGUUUGCCUACAGUCGAUGAAUAUGGUUUUUGGGUUUGUUACAUUGGUA